UGGAAAAAUAAUUACUAAAUUAUUAGUUGUAAUAAUGUCGAUGACAAAGAUUGAAUGCUCCCAAGUUUUCACUGAGUUAGAACGAUUCAGCGAUGAAAAUUUAGACCAUUUUGGAGGACAAACAGAUCUCGAUCUUUUUCAAAGCCAAUCUGCAGACCAAAUUGAUGAUACAAAAGCUGAGCCAAAUGAACCAGAUGAAAGACAGUGUGGGAUUGGCCCUUGUAAACUUAGUUGCUGCAAAAGAUUUUCUGGGGUCCCAGUAUUUGUUUUAUGCUAUGGCUUGGUUGGACUGUGGAUGAACUCACUUAGUCUAUUGGCAGUGUCCCAGGUCACAUCCAUUGAACGCCAUUUGGGCAUUUCUAGCAGCAAGACAGGUGUACUUAACAUUCUGGAUCGUAUGAUAAUGAGCUCCAAUGAAAUUGGCUAUCUGGUGGUGGUGCUGUUUGUCAGCCACUUUGGUACCUACACCCACAUACCACGCUUCUUGUCCAUGUCAGGGAUCCUCUUUGGGUUCUCAGUCACAGCCAUGUCGUUUGGGAAGUUCAUGGAACCAAAGGUCUGGCAGGCAUCAACCCUCAGUAACAGUACAGAAAGAGACAAACUACGCCAGUACUUGUGUCUGUCGGAUGUUGCCACCCCCACCAGUCCACCCCAAUCAUCCUUCUUACCCCUAGCCUUCUGGGUCUUUAUAUGUGCUGCCUUUUGUACGGGAGCUCUCAAGUCCUACAGGAUUCCGCUGUUGACGUAUUACGUGGAGGCAAACAUUAAGGACAAGAGCAAGUUUGGAUUUUAUUUGGGUAAUUCGUACACCGUAAUGCUGUUUGGUCCUGCUGUUGCCCUCAUGAUUGGAGGAUACGUCAGUUCACUUCCUGUUGAUCUUAAAGCCACAACCAUGUCUAAGCGUGAUCAAAGAUGGGUUGGUGCUUGGUGGCUGGGGUUUGUGAUUGUUGGUGUAUCAAGCUGCUUAUGCUCUAUACCUAUUAUGCUAUUCCCACGAGGAAAAGUUGUCAAGAGAAAUAUCAAUAAAAAAUCUUCUGAUUCUAAUACUGAAACAACGAAACGAACCAGGAUACAAGCUUGUUUAGAGUUACCGAAGUCUCUGUGGAGAAUUCUACAUCAACCUUUGUUUGUUUUGGUAAUGAUUAGCGACAUCAUAGAGGGCCUGGCCACCACUGGGUGGUUCCUGUUCUCACAGAAGUUUAUAGAGACACAGUUCAAUAAGACAUCACAGGAUGUCAGCUUGUCUCUGGGUGUAAUAAUCUUUUUUGCAAUAGUCAUUGGCACAUUCUUUGGGGGUUUUUUGACAGCCAAGUUAAAACUUCAGUCCUGGGGCUGUUCUGUCAUCAUGUUCUUCAUGUGCAUCUCUGUGCUGGCUCUCAACACAGUGCUCACCUUCAAUGGAUGCGAUAACUCUGAUAUCAUUGGCUUGAAAGAGAAAUUAAAAGGUAAAGCGUGUGGCUGUGACAAAGCUUUUAUAGUGUGUGGCAACAACAGCUUAGACUACCUGUCACCUUGCUGGGCAGGGUGUAGGGACGCCACCAACAAGAAUUUUAGCUACUGUACAGAGAUGAGUGGAGGUGUGGCCAUACCAGGCUUGUGUGCUUUAGACUGUUCUUUUUUUACUAUUUACCUGGGUAUCGUCUUUUUCGUGAUUUUCUUUGGUACAGCUGGAUUUGUACCAAGUUGCAUGAUGCUUGCCAGGUCAGUUGAACAACGGGACCAGUCCUUAGCUAUUGGGACAGGCAACUUUACCUACACUCUGUUUGGUACCAUUCCUUCAACGGUGUUAUUUGGCAAAGUGGUGGAUCAAACUUGUGAGCUGUGGUCAUCAGAUGAAAGCUACUGUGUUCUCUAUAACAGGGAGAAGUUUAGGCUUUUCUUCAAUGGCUUGAACAUAUGCUUGAAAAGCUUCCAAUUUUUAAUCCUCAUCGCCUUGCUGAUAAUAUUACACAGAAAUAAACAGAAACCACCUGAAUCAUCUGAAUGUGACAUAAGCAAAACUACUUUACCAGACAGAAAUGCAAAGACAUCUGACAGAGAUGUAAAGACAUCUGCACCAGUUAGUGAAAGUUCUGUACAUUAGUAAGAUGAGGAGGAUAGAAAUAAAAUGAUAGGGAAUGAUGAUUUUUGGGGUUUAUGCUUUUAUGACUUGUUAUGAUUGAUGUGACAAUGGUCCAAAUUUGAAUGAGAUUGGUUGUAUUGUUCUUCAAGUUUACAUGAGAUUAAUUGUGAUCGCUGUGUUUUUAAGAUAUUACUGAUGAAUAAAAUGAAGGUUAACAGAGUUGUUCUAUGAUGUUUAAGAAGUUUAAUAUAAAUAAGUGUUAUUUUUAAAUACUAUUUAU